UUUGUCUCCACUUUGCUCGUUUGAUGAGGUUUGCGGCAGUCGGUAGUGCGGUAGUUGUCGCUGCGGCAAGUUCCAUCGCAGGUGGUGCUGCUUCGCCCCGAGGACUGGAUGGCCUCCAUGAGUACAGCGAAGGUCUUGUUCUGCGCCCCCUUCCCCAUCUCGCCAAAGUUGUGUCGCACUUCCACUUCGACCACACAACGACGACGUCGCAUGGAAACUUUGAUGUGUUUCCUCAAAGCAUUCGCCAUGUAGUUCAAAAGUACAGCGUCAAGGAGCUCAAGUUGACCUUUACGACUGGGCUCUGGCGCCAUGAGCAGUGGGGCGACAUUCUUGGAAACGGCCCGCACGGUGUGUCGUUGCGAGCUACGAUGGAAGAUCCUGCCCUCUGGACAGGAUUGACGCAGCAACUGGCCGGUCUCUUCUCAGCGUCGCUCAACAAGAUGGACGCUACGACUGUGAUUGCGAAGAACAUAUCGUCGCCCGUGGCGCAGCAACUCGACGGCGUGCUUUCGCGAGAGGAACUGUGUACAGAGAACAUUAGUCCUUGGCUCAAGUUGCUUCCAUGUCGGACUCAUGCUGGCCUGGGGGCCUGGAUUCGACCGGUCGCCCUGCUGGAUGCUGACUUCUUGUCCUUGGCGCUGCACAUCGUGAAUGACUCUGCUCGGGGCACACUGCAUCUGCACCAAUCUAUCACGGCUGUCCGGCGCGUUGAAGAGCCCGCGUGGUCGCUCCAGUCGGUCCUUGGACUUCCGUCAUCGAUAAGCACGCCUGUUUGUCCCUUGGUUCACUCGAGCGCUGUGGUCACUGACCUCGCCUUUGCACACUCGUCAGCAACCCCGUCGUUGGCAUCGACCGCCGGCACCGAUCCAUCCACGCACAGAGUGUCCUUCUCGACGGCGGCAGCGACGGCAGCCACCCCAUGGUUACGGCGUGGGUCGAACAGCGCUGUCGAACGCGCUAUCUCGUGGCGAGGGGUGAGUGGCCAUCGGUACUUGACGGGGUACGGACAAGUCCGCGGUGGCGUUGGCCUUCGGUUGACCAACCACCACCUGACCAAGACUCUCCGCGUCCGAUACCACGAAUCGAUUCCGUGGUACAUGCGCGUGUACUUUAGCUCCGUUCGUCUGCAAGUGAAUGGACAAGAGGUCGACAUCCUCGCGAUGCCAUCGUUCCGCAUCAACGUGCCGCCAGCCAUCGGUGGCCUGCAGCCGCCGUUCGAACUUGAAUUUGUCGUCGACUUGGCUCCGCAGUCGGCCGUGGUGAUGGCAUACUCGUUUGACAAAACGUUUUUGCCCAUGGGGCUGCACCCUCCCGACUCGAACCGCGGGUUUGACGUGCCUGCUGCUUCAUGGAGCGUCGACAAUGCGACGUACUACACGGAAUCGCUUCUUGUCCCGCUGCCGACGCCAGAUUUUAGCAUGCCGUACAACGUCAUCGUGCUCACGUCGACCGUGGUCGGGAUGAGCAUCGCGAUUGUGCUCAAUACGUUGCUGAACCGACAUCGCAGAACCAACUUAGUCAUGACACUCGUGCAAGACGUGGCGGCACGCGUCAAGACAAACGCGGCCAAACAAAAGACCGAGUAAUACACGAUGUGUCCAUCGCAACAUGCUGGCGCGACGGACGGCGCUGCGCAUGCGCGUCCUCGAAUGCCCGCGCGACUGAUGGCCGCGACGUGCUGGAGCCAGCGCUUCCCUUUUUGCACUUCAACUUUGCCCCGACGAAUUGUCUUGUGUAGUUGGAUGUGCCGAAUUGUUACAAAUGUUACAUUGGUUGUUCGUCGACGA